UUUAAAUUAGUUUCCUUAAACAAAUUACGUAGAAAAUCGACGAUUUUCUCACUCUCGCUUAACUAAAUUUCUUAGUGGCGUGAAUAGUGUAUAACAACAGCAAAAAAAAUUUGAACAAGCAACGCGUGUGUGUAAAAUACAUAAUACCCUAUAUUUAAUAGUUUUUAACAACCACAACAACAAAUACAACAACAAACUACAAUCAUGAGCUGGCAAGAUUAUGUCGAUAACCAACUUUUGGCCUCGCAGUGCGUUAACAAGGCGUGCAUUGCCGGACACGAUGGCAACAUUUGGGCGCAGUCUAACGGCUUUGAGGUCACAAAGGAGGAGCUGGCCAAAUUGAUAAGCGGCUUUGAUCAACAAGACCUGCUUACCAGCAACGGUGUGACAUUAGCCGGCCAACGGUACAUUUACCUCUCAGGCACAGAUCGCGUGGUGCGCGCAAAACUGGGCAGAAGCGGUGUGCACUGCAUGAAGACGACACAAGCCGUCAUUGUUUCCAUCUACGAGGAUCCUGUGCAACCCCAGCAGGCCGCUUCUGUGGUGGAGAAACUUGGAGAUUAUCUGAUUACUUGCGGGUACUAGAAAAUAACUGAAUACAAACAAAAAUUAUA